AUGUAUUGGAAACAAAACACCAGGUAAGUCUGCUUUUUUUCCUCUCCUAUAACUGCCUUGACACCUUCUUAAUCUUUGCAUGCACAGAGGCAAAUUCUAAGCAAAUUUUAGACAUGCAAAAGCUUGCUAUUUUGGCUCCAGCGAGAGUAAAUGGUAAUUGACAGAGCUGUAGAAGGCUUUACUAAUUAGACUACAAAUGUAUUUAGGAAGCAGAUGCCCUGGCGAUAUUAUGAAAGAGAAUGCAGCUGUUAAACUAGGAUUCUAUGGAUGUGCAGGAUAGCACCCUUCAUUUGGCAACUGUGGUGGCUGAGCCAUUCAGCUGCUUUACUCUAGUUUUUAAGAGUAAGAUUCUCAGCUUGAAGUCUCAUUGAAUUUAGUUUUGACUUGCAGCACAGUACAAAAGCAUGUCUACUCAGAAGUAAGUCCCGCUGAGUUCAAUGGGGCUUACUCCCAGGUAAGCAGCAAGAGGAUUGCAGCCUCACUCCUUAGUGGGUGAUAGCCAACUAAGCCAUUAUUAGAACAGAGCCAUUGCAAUCAAUGCACUUAAGUGUUGUUAGUGGGUCUACUCUUGAGUAUGACUUAUGCCGCUUGUCACGCAGUGUGUUUAGUAUUGCAUUCUUUACCUUACGAUUAAGAUGACAUUCCUAUGUACUAACUUACACCAUGAGACAUUUUAUGGGAUAUCGUUGAGUUUAUUAUGACAUGAACCACUUUGGUGUUUCUUGUUUGCAAAUGAAAAAAAUAGCAUGGAAACAUUUUUAUUAAAUAAAGUACCUGGGAGUCAUGUCCCACUAAAUUACCGUAAGUGGGAUUUACUUCUGAGUAGACAUGCCUUGGCAUGUACCUUUCUCUCAAGCCCUUUUCUAUAUAAACUAUUUCUUCUGAUUUUGCAUUUCUAGGUUUAUUUUAGCAGUGACUCUGGCCUUGCAAAGUAUUCACUUUGGAAAAGGUGAGAAGCUCCCUCUUCUUCUGUCUAUUUUUUUUUUUUGUCUCAACACUGUUAAAUGUGUGCACUUUUUUAAUAAAACACACAAACCUAUAUCAUCUUAUUUUUUUAUCACCUUGUCUCCUAUAAGGGUCCAGACACGAGAAAAUACAGGAUGCUGGAGAAAUUGCUGGUGCCACAGUCCCAAAGGAUAACAUCAAAGACCAACUCACCACAUUAAAUAUCUUCAAUGAGAUGAACCACAGUUAUGAGAGCAGGAAACAGCUCAAUAAGCCAAUAGUGCCUUUCAUUGGUCUUACUGAAAGUAGGUAACAAUGUCAUUUGCCAUCUUUAUGCUGCCAAAACAAUCAUUAUAUACUGCAGAGAUGGCCUAUGGCCCUCGCGAUGUCAUUGGAUUCCAACUGGUCCCAGCCAUCUGUAUUUGCAGAUAUAGCAGAGACAAAAAGUCUGGUAUAGAGUUUUGAAAUGUAUAUAGUCUUGAGCAAAGGAGGCCCAAACUCAAAUCGCUUUGCCACCAAACUUCCUGGGAAUGCAAUCCCAGAUAUGUUUACCUGGAGGUAAAACCCAUUGUGUUCAAUGGGGCUUCUUUCUACCUAAGUGUUUUCAGGAUUCCAGCCUAAAUUUUAACCUAUCCUAGCUCGCAGGGUUGUUGUGAGACUAAACUGAGGGACACCUCUAAAGCUCCUUGCAGGAAGGGUGGGAUAAAAAUGUAAUAAAUGCACAUGUGUCCAUUGGGAAUCUGCUGUCAAUUAACCCCAACCCUUGUGCCAUUUCUAAUUUAAUACUCAAAUGUUCAUGGGUGCCAAUUCUGUGGAAAUAUUUUAUGGUGGUUCAAGCAGUUUUUAUGCUGUUGUAUAUCUGAACAGGAUCUUAUAAUAAUAAAUUAUUAUUAGUAGUAGUAAUAAUAAUAAUAAUAAUAAUAAUAAUACCCCGUCCAUCUGGCUGGGUUUCCCCAGCCACUCUGGGCAGCUUCCAACAAAAUAUUAAAAAUACAAUAAAACAUCAAACAUAAAAAACUUCCCUAAACAGGGCUGCCUUCAGAUGUCUUGUAAAAGUUGUGUAGUUCUUUAUCUCCUUGACAUCUGAUGGGAGGGCGUUCCACAUGGCAGGUGCCACUACCGAGAAGGCCCUCUGCCUGGUUCCCUGUAACUUUGCUUCUCACAGUGAGGGAACUGCCAGAAGGCCCUUGGCGCUGGACCGCAGUGUUCCUACGGGAAAGUGCUGCAGUUCCCAUGUAAUAUGUCUAUGGCUUAGGUCAAUCACUGAGCUAUAUUGAGCUAUAUCAGAAAUACUCUUUCUACCCAGGGAUAAUAGAAGAGCAUGAGAUGUUAUUCUGCUAUUAAUGUCACAUAAAAACAAGGCCAUGUGCUUGUUAAUUUUAUUUCAGUUCAUUGUUUUCAGCUAAACCGUGGGUAGGCAAACUAAGGCCCAAGGGCCGGAUCUGACCCAAUCACCUUCUAAAUCCAGCCCGCGGACGGUCCGGGAAUCAGCAUGUUUUUACAUGAGCAGAAUGUGUCCUUUUAUUUAAAACGCAUCUCUGGGUUGUUUGUGGGGCAUAGGAAUUCAUUCAUUUCCCCCCAAAAAAUAGAGUCCGGCCCCCCACAAAGUCUGAGGGACAGUGGACCGGCCCCCUGCUGAAAAAGUUUGCUGACCCCUGAGCUAAACUAUAACCCAUCAGAAAUCUGCAAAUCCAGGACCAGUCUUUGUUAGAGGGUCAUAAGAAAAAUCUGACUUUCAUUCUUUUUGGCAAAUGUCUGUCAUGCUACUUUCAAAGAAAACCCAUUUAUUUAAGUGAUGAGUGAGGUCUGCUUCUGGGAAAGUGGACUUAUAUGAAGUCCACAAGCUUCUUCAGCAGAGACAUGCCAGGGGGUUGCUGCCUGGCCACUGAGUAAUCCCUAGUAGUGUGCUUUUAAUCCUUAUCUAAACAAACUGGGCUUAACUGAGCAAACACUCUUAACAGGCAGCUAAUUUUAUUGUCCCCUCAAGGCCAAUAAAAAUCAGACCUUUGGCAGCCAGGGAGACUUGGUGGGGCAAGUGAGAAUGUAGGUUCAAAGAGGGUCUGCUUCUUAGUAAACCGUGGAAUUAUUCACUUCCAGGUAAAACGCUGAAGCGGGAUUGCUGUCAAAAUGGAGGAACUUGCAUCCUGGGCAGCUUCUGUGCAUGCCCCCAACACUUCACUGGCAGAUACUGUGAAUAUGAUCAAAGAAAGAGGUAAGGAAACUGACUGGGAGACAUGAGUUCCUGGAGAGACGUAGUUUGCUUAUAAUUAGGGUCAAUUGGUGGAAAAAAGACCAGUGAAUUCAAUGGAAAAGCUUUUGAUGCAGCAGACACAGAGGAGGGGAGGCAAUUUUUGCCUACAGUGGUACCUCUGGUUAAGUACUUAGUUCGUUCUGGAGGUCUGUUCUUAACCUGAAACUGUUCUUAACCUGAAGCAUCACCACUAAUGGGGCCUCCUGCUGCCGCCAUGCCGCCAGAGCAUAAUUUCUGUUCUCAUCCUGAAGCAAAGUUCUUAACCUGAAGCACUAUUUCUGGGUUAGCGGAGUCUGUAACCUGAAGCGUAUGUAACCUGAGGUACCACUGUAUUUACCUUCGUACUGCUCACUGGAGGCUGAUGCUCUUUGGCAUGAUUAGGAUGGAAGACAGAGCAGGAUUUCUAAACCAUAAUUGGUUAUUAUUUUAUGUUACGUUUUCUGUGGACUGCUGUCCUGGGUUUAAGUUUUUCCUAUACUGCUGUUUUAACGAUGGUGAUGGUGAUAACACGUCAGUAUUAAUUAAUUCUGAACCUUCUGAUCUGUCCUUGGCAGCAACUGUGGCGUGUUCGAACAUGGACAGUGGAUACGAAAGAGUUGCCAUCUUUGUCGGUGUGCUUUUGGUGAACUGCACUGUCUAUCUCCGCGAAACUGUGGUAAGAUGAAACUUCAAUCUAUUGUUUUGCUAAUUUGCUAUAUAUUGAUGGUCCUUCAUCAUUCUGACUUGUCACCAGUGAGCUUCCAUUUUAUUUACCUUUCCAGAAGGUUCCUCGUUUCUGAGAGCUUAGCAACAAAGGUUAUUUCAAUGUAGCUUCCUUUCUCCAAGCUAUUUGAAAGACUUCCAAAUAAAAUGUCACAACAUACCAUAACACUAGGGAACUUUCCCCUUUUCCUAGUUUUAAAUUUUCCUAUCCCUCCAGCUGAAUAUUUGAUGGAAGGAAAAAAUAAGACUCAAAAGGUUUCUUGCCAACAAAAUACAGUGGUACCUCGGGUUACAUACCCUUCAGGUUACAUACGCUUCAGGUUACAGACUCCGCUGACCCAGAAAUAGUACCUCGGGUUAAGAACUUUGCUUCAGGAUGAGAACAGAAAUUGUGCUCCGGCGGUGCAGCGGCACCACCCAUUAGCUAAAGUGGUGCUUCAGGUUAAGAACAGUUUCAGGUUAAGAACAGACCUCUGGAAUGAAUUAAGUACUUAACCCAAGGUACCACUGCAUAGGCAUGUAGAGCAAUUUAAGGAAUGGGUCGUGUUGGAGUAGUUCAGAUUAAAUUUUAUCAUAAUGAUCCCUUCUGGCCUCAGAAAUCUAUGAAAGCCAGUCAGUUAUGUAUAUCUGUUAUUUAAAUGUCUUAUCUUAACAAAGUUCACUGAGCAAUUAGGCUAUAUCAGGAACUAACUCCACACUUGCUUGACUGCUAGUUAUAUGUAAAAGAUAUAUGCUAAAAGAGUGAUCCUUAAUACAUCCCCCACUAAAUAAUGAUUCUCCCAGUUCAAUUAAGUGCAUUGUAAGGAGCAGGAGUUCAACAGAAGAUGUUAUUUCGGGGAAGAACUUCCUCAGUUGAAUUUCUGUCUGUCCUGAGGCUGUUAAAAGUACGGAAGGACUGUCUCCAGCAUUAUCUAGCUUGGGAACUUUAGUCCAGCACCUCCAUUCUUAAUGCCUUUAUUUUGAAAGGCAGCCCCACUAAUCAGAGUGUUCAGUAUUUUUUCCUCCCUAUAAAUGGUUUAGGAAAGAGUAUGGCUUUAAACUUAGAAGUUCCAGUGUAAUAUAUGUGAUCCUUGUAGGUUUGGGGUAUUAAUCUGUUUAUUUCCUUUACUUGUGAGAAAAGGGUUAAAAAUAAAAGGCAUUCUAUUAACUUCCUUGUGGUUUGUAUUUACAUUUGAUUAUGCUGUGAUUAAUGCCUGCAAGAGCUGAUAAGUUGGCUCACAAAGAGGUCCGCAUUUGCACCUCUCAGCUGAGAAUGGGAUCUGUGAUUGGCUUCCAACAGAUGUUAGCUUUAGCUUAAGUACUUGCAAAGAAGCAGAGGAAAUUGCACAAUCUGUUGAAAUUCUUUGCGGAGAGGUCCCCCUGUUAACAAACUAACCAUUUCUGUUUCGUUUCUCAGCUGUAAGCGAGGAAGAGGAAUGGAUCCAUUUACUUUCAAAGGGCCAAAGAUUAAAGGAAACAAUGGGCUACUUCUUCCUAGGCUGUUUCUUUGCACUCUGUGGACUGCUCUACCUGUUAUGAAAACUCUUUUAAGACUGGUAUUCAUAACCAUGAUUUGCCUUAUGAUGAUGUUUGCCCUUCAAAAGAAAGAAGAGUAAACACUAAAACAAAGGACAGUGCUAUAUAUAAAAUUUAUAGUGCCUGUUGUUGUUUUAAACUCCCAGUUCAACUUUCACAGUAAACUCAGCAAACCUCACUUCUGCAGUGUCCACAGAAAAUUGCUCAAGAAGUAAAAAGGGGCUGAUAAUUAACAUUUUUGUUUUCAGGGAUCAG